AUGGACCAAUUGAGCAAUAUAUUCCAACCAAAUACCAACGCAUUUAGGCAAAUGGCCACGCCAAUCCCUACUAUGGACCAUCGAUAUUUCAAACCGUCUGAGCAACUGACAGGUGCCGACAACUCUCGAAAGACGGACCGAUGCAAUGGGAACUACCGAGGAGAUCGCAACUUAUCCAUUAAUAGAGGUACAGAUGUUGCCGAGGAAAAGAAUACGUCGUUAUGGAUUACUGGACUUCCCGGGUCGACAACUGUUCCCAAACUCCUUGCUGCAAUUAGAAAGACGGGCAGGGUCCGUUCAACUGUGGUAAACGGCCCCAACGAAACCAGCAGUACCGCCGCGUCUUCUAUUAGCUUCUUUAGACGGGAGGACGCGGAGGUGCUUUACAAUGCAAUACAGCAAGGAAGAAUCAUAAUCGAAGGCAAAUUUCCAAGAGUGCAGUGGAACAGGAACAGGAUAGGGGAAGAGGAGGUUCCAGGCCAUGCCAGCCGGGUGCUCCUGAUUGCCGGCGAUCCGCUGGUCGUCAACCAGGACUACCUAGACGGUUUCUUCAAGAGGAAGUUCGUGUACGACAUCGACGAGAUAAUCGAUCACGGUACGGUUCCCGGUUUUGGCGGGCUUAUCAGUCGGCUCGAAUACCGGUUUGGAUCGUGGCGUUCGCAAGCUUCAUUUGCUCGCCUGGCGCUUAAUCUUGAGCUUACGGGGUUUCUACUAGCAGAGUACGGCGAAGACCCCUGUGCGGGCUAACAACGAC